AAAAUGUAAUUUUUGAAGGUGACAUCCAGAGAGAGGCAGAGCAUAGGCAUUUACCAACAAUGGCGUCCUGAUUUUUAUCGGCCAUUCUCCAAGCUCCAUAGCCAAAAAUCUGUUGUGUUGGUUGAAGUUUGAAGGGACAGAUGCCUCAAUUUGAAUCCCGAUACUUUCUUUGACGCACCCAUUUUUUCCCAUUGUGUGCUUUUGCAAGCGUCAUUGGAUUAUGGAGGCGCCCCCGCCCUCCUUUGUUUCCAAAGCCAGGACUGCCUUCCAUUCCGCGGCUGCUAAAGCGGAGCGAGUUUUCUUCGAUUUCAAGUCCGAUCGAGGAGAUUUUGAUAAACGACUACCCGAGGAUCUGGUCACACCACCCCACGAACAGAUUUCCACCAACGAACAUGAGAUAAAGAGUCACAGCGAGCCGAAGCACUCUAGGUGGAGACCGUCGAACAUUGGGACUAAACACGACUGGCAAGAUAAAUUCAAGAACAUACGAAUAGGGAGGAAAGCUGUUGAGGAUACUGAAAAAGUUGAAAAUCCAACCAUGUCUGUACCAUUUUAUGAUGAGAAUUUGUACCUGCUGAACAUGAAAAAUGAUAUUGAAGCAAAGAAUGCAGAAGUAAUUCCAUCAGUUGAAAGUUUUUUGGCGAUUGACCGAACUAGUAUUCCUCCCUUUUCAGUUAUAAAGCAGUUGGCUGUAGCUGUUGAGGCUGGAAAGAAGUGCAAGUCAAUGAAGAGUUUGCUUGCUUCAUCAGGAGAUUCUUCGUCCACAAGGGAGAAGUCUGGGUUGAGUCUAUCUGCAGUGAGGGCAUUGGUAGUUCGUGAAAAGGAGGAAAAGAUUUCAACUGAAUUUCAUCAUGAUGCGAGGAUUCAAUCUUUGAUUUGUUCACUCUUUGAUGCAGGUACAUGCACAUCCCAGAUAUGCGCAGAGGGAGAUUUUCUCAAAAGGAGCUUUGGCUCUGCUUCAGAGGGAACAAUUGUGACAUCCUUGCCUAGAGAUAUUCAUGGUGCUCCUCCAGAUAGCCUUCUUGUUAAGAUUUCUGAAGUUAUAGGAAGCUUUAGAACCCUACGGAAAAUGACACUUUUUUGGUGCAGAGUUGUUGAUGAAAUGAGAAGAUUUUGGUCAGAGGAGCAGUAUAUACCUGGCAUUCCAAUUGAUGAGAUUCCAGAUCUAAAUUCAUGUCUUCUAUAUCAGCGACUGCAGGUUAUCAAUUGUUGUGUCUCCCGCAAAAGACGCCAUGAGAUAGCCACUGACUCAUUAGAUGCUGUGGUAAGGGCAAGUUCAAAUGCUGAAUCAGGAGCGUCUGAAGACACUGUUCCUGCAAACUCUGUUUUGUAUGCUAAACUUAAUAACGGGGAACUUUCACUACGACUGGGUGCUGAUUGCCCAUUUGGUGACCUGAAAAUGUUGGAAACUGGUGAAGCAGUUUACUCUCCUGUUACACAGGAAGGACCUCUGCUAACAGAAGACGUUAUUAAAGAAACAGAGGAGUUUGUUCUUCGAACUGGAAGUGUGGGUGCUGGAUGUUCUCAGCUUCUUUCAGACAUGCAAGCUUUCAAGGCUGCCAAUCCUGGCUGUAUCUUGGAAGAUUUUGUAAGAUGGCACUCCCCUCCUGAUUGGACAGAACCUGACCCGAGUAGUGAUAGUAUAGAUUCUCCAGUUGGUAGUGAUUCAAGAGGUCAACUUAGUAGUCGAAUGCAAAAAGAAGGUAAUUUAUGGCGUGAACUAUGGGAAACAUCAAAAGCAGUGCCUGCCGUUAAACAAACACCACUCUUUGAUGAGGAUUUGGUUGUGGAAGGGAUUCUGCAUGAUCUAGAGGACUUGCCACCUUCUGAGCUGUUUGAACCACUUUUCAUUUCUUUACUUGGUCUAGGAUUCAUAAUGGCUGAGGAAAAAUUGGGUAAAAAUAAUAAUUUGUCAAAGCUGUUUUAUGAGUGCAAGGACUAUGCUGUAGCAACUUGUCAAGGAAGCUUUUGGAGCAACAAAGUUGAUGAUAUUUGUCAGGUGUAUGAAACAGUGGAGACUAUGAUGUUGAAUCCAGAGGAAAUUCUGAAGACCAUGAAGCAGCCAGAAGAAUCAAACAUGACAGCAAGCGAGCUGAAACGCCGGUUUAAGAAGCUGAGUCUGAACUUCGUUGGCAAGGAUGGACAGUCAAGAAAAUCUUCCCCGAGAAACCCGAAUUCAAAUGAAAAGCCCUCCUCGCCACAGCCAUUCUCGUCGUUCUUUGACAGCAAAUCAUCUUUGUUCUCUAAGAAGACUCCGAAGGCAGAAACUGCAUCCGCUGAUUCAGUUGAA